AUGGGGAUAGAAGAGAGGAAGAAAAGAAUUGCAUUUAUAGAUACAGAUUAUUACAUAAUAAAUUACAAGAGCACAAUAACUACAUAUAUACAAAAUAUAUGCAACAAUCUACUUAGUGAAAAAGAUGAUUCAUCAGAUGAAGCAAGUAACGAUUGGAAUAUCAAAAAGAGGAAAAAAAUUAUCUGUAUUUUUAUGCUCAAUAUAUUCCUUAAUAAUAUGCAUAGGAAUUUGAAUAUUUUUGCACACCUACAUGACAUUUUAAUAAAAUAUCACCAUCUAAUGGUGCAGAGCAAAACAAUAAGAACGUGCUAUCAUAAUGGAAAAAUAAAAAGUGAGAAUGACAAUAUGAACGGAUCGAAAUGUGACGAAACGAACGAAACAACCCAAGGAAAUGGAAUAUUUCAAAAAAGACAGAAAGAAGAAAGAUGGGAGGAAACGGAAAUUCCUAUGAAAUUACACAUAGGAAAAAAUGAGGAACAAGCUAAUGGGGAAUGUUGUAAUCCGGAAGAGAAGGUUCAGAAAAACGGAAGUAAUGGGGAGGAUAUUAGCCAGUUCUUGCAUAACAUGAUAGAAGAUAAAAACUACGUCAACAUGGACAAUGUAGCUGAAUCUAAACUCUGUUUUUUGAGCAUAAAAAACAAAGAAAUAAAUGCAAGGUCAACUUUAGAAUCGUUAAGUAAUAUGCAGAAUACGGUAAGAUUUGCGUGUGCAUCUGAAUUUAGUAUAAGUUCGAAAAAUGGUGGAACAAUACUUUCUCAAAUGGAUAAAGGGGUCAUUAACGACGAGGGAGAUAUAAAUGGCAAUCAUCUGUGCAGUAAUAAUUUAGACAGGAAUAACAACAGCAUCACUAACCAGACCUCCAUCCACUGGAUCGACAUGGAAGGACAUGAAAAUAUUGGAGAGGAAGGAUGUUUGGAGGAUCCGUAUGAUGAAUCAUUCGAUGAAUCGCAAGGGAGUACGUACCGAUAUAGCAACUCCUCGCCAGUGUGCUCAACUCCUAAGCAGUUUUUAAUAAAUUACAGUAAUACAAGUGUAAAAGUAAAAAGCUUUGACAAUCUAAUGCAUAUGGAAAAUAUUAUAGAGAGAAAAAAAAAAAAAAAGAACGACAAGGGAGAUUAUUGGAAAGAGCUCGAAAAUAUGUAUAGAAUUAUUGUAUUGUCUAAAUUACACGUAGGAGUAUACAAUUUUUUAACAUUUUUAAAAAAAAAAAAUUUUUUUUUUGUAUUUUAUAGUUCAAAUAAAAAAUUAACAGAUUUGUUAUUCAAAUAUUUUAAAAUUACAAAGAAUUUUAAAAAUUGUUCUACGGUAAUUGACGAAUUUGAGAAAUUGAAAAUUUUUAUAAAUUCUGAUAGUAAUGUUUUCAUAUUUAGUAACAGAGCAUGUUUUAUAAAUUCGGCAAAAAAAGAAGGAUAUUUUAAAGUAGUAGGAGGAAAAAAAAAUCCAUUCAUGACAACAAGUUGCGAUGAUAUCAACUGGGAUGUGCUAAUAGAAAAUGAUAAUAUUAAUUCAAUUACUUCCGACUAUGUUUCGAAUAAAUAUAACGAUGUUGUAUAUCCAUUUGUGCGUAACUGUAAUUUAACUGAAGAUGUUUUGUCCUGGCGAAUUUUUUAUAUUUUCAAAAAAUAUUUAUACAUGCAUGGAAAAGUGGUAAAGGGAUUUGGAAGAGGUAGUAAAUAUUUAAACAUACCAACCGCUAAUAUUGCAUAUUCCAAUGUAAUAUCAACUGAUAUUAUGCCUGGUAUCUAUUUUGGCAUAUCAAUGUUAAAAAAAAAAAUUUACAAAACGGUCGUAUCAAUUGGGUAUAACCCAUUUUUUGAAAACAAACACAUAACUAUAGAAGCCUUUUUAUACUAUAAGACGAAUAAUUUAUUUUACAAUGAGGAUAUUCAUUUAAUUAUUAUUGGUAUUUUACGAAGUGAGAGUAAUUUUUCCCACUUUUCACACCUAAUUCAUGCGAUUCAGUAUGACUGUGAACUAACGCGUAUAAUACUCAACAUGCUUCAGAAUGAUUACCAACUUGUACAGUGUAGGAAUUACCUGGAAUCCUUGUAG